UUAGCUGCCAGUUACCUUCAAAGCAGCCCCAUUGCCUGCCGGGCUCCCUGCUUUUCUACUCUUUCAUCCACUGGUCAUUUCAUCCCAGUCUAAAUAAUACUAGGCAUGGAUCUUCCAGCACUGCUUUUUUACCUGGGCACAGUGCUGGUGUCGCGGUGUUGCGGAUUUAGCGUGGAUGUGACUACACCAACCAUCUUUCAGAUAAGAACUCAGAGCUUUGGGAGCAGCGUGGCACAGACCAGGAAUGAGGUGCUUGUCGGUGCCCCACUUCAGCAUGGACGAGUGAAUGAAAUGGGUAAACUUUACCGGUGCACCUACAGUUCAAGUGCCUGUACAGAGAUUAGCAUCCAACGGCCUAUGGAUGCUGUCAAUAUGUCCCUUGGUCUGUCAUUGGUUGCCAGGGAUUCUCAAAUCUUGGUGUGCGGCCCCACAGUACACCGGGCCUGUGGAACAAACAUGUAUAUGAAUGGCUACUGUUUCCUUCUGGAUCAAAAGCUCCAAAAGAUCCAGCAGUUUCCAGAGAUCUUACCAGAAUGCACUACCCACCCAACAGAUAUUGUGUUCUUGAUUGAUGGCUCAGGCAGCGUCAGUAACCAGGACUUCGAAAGAAUGAAGUGGUUUGUCUCUGAGGUCAUCAAGAGGUUGUCUGGCAGGAACACACGGUUUGCCCUGGCACAGUAUUCCACUGGUUUCACAGAACACUUUGAUUUCAAUGCUCCAGAUCCGUCUAAUAAUGUCUUGGGUGUCACACAAAGUCGCGGCAUGACCUAUACAGCCACUGCCAUCAGAAAAGUUGUAAGGGAGAUUUUUAUCCCAAGGAAAGGCUCCAGAAAUGGAUCUACCAAGAUUCUUGUUGUGAUAACAGAUGGUCAACAGAAUGAUCAACUUCAGUAUUGGAAUGUGGUGCCAGAGGCUGAACGAGCAGGGAUCAUCCGUUAUGCUAUUGGGGUUGGCAAUGCUUUCUCAACUGAACGUGCCAGGGAAGAGCUGAAUACCAUCGCUUCUGAACCUGACAACGAGCAUGUAUUUGCAGUGCACAAUUUUGAUGCCCUGAAAGGCAUCCAGGAUCAGCUACAGGAUAAAAUCUUUGCCAUAGAAGGUACCCAAUUCCAGAGCAGCAGUUCCUUCCAGAUGGAAAUGUCCCAGGAAGGAUUCAGUGCCUUACUGACUCGGGAUGGUUCUGUCUUGGGAGCAGUGGGAGCAUUUGACUGGUCUGGAGGCAUAUUUCUGUAUCAGAACAGUAACAGAGACCCAAGCUUUCUUAAUGCCUCCAGCGCCACUGAAGAGAUGAAGAAUGCUUAUCUUGGCUAUUCUUCUCAAGCUGUCCUGCUUAAUGGGAGAAGUGGUCUUGUAGUGGGAGCCCCCCGCUAUGACUACGUGGGCAAAGUGGUUCUCUUUGAGAAAGCAGCCAGGAGUGGGAAGUGGCAGCUGAUGGCUGAAGCUGUUGGAGAACAGGUUGGUUCCUAUUUUGGAGCAGCGCUGUGCUCUGUGGACCUUGAUCAAGACUCUAAUACGGACUUGGUGCUGGUUGGAGCCCCCAUGUACUAUGAGGCUAUUACAGGAGGAAGGGUUUAUGUCUGUCAUUUUAAGCAAGGAACACUUCACUGCACCACGACUUUGAAAGGAGAAGCAGGGCACGUUUUCAGUCGCUUUGGUGCCAGCAUGGCAGAAACAGGUGACAUCACCGGGGAUGGAUGGAUGGAUGUGGCGAUUGGGGCACCCAUGGAGAACGAGAAUGUAGGAGCCUUAUAUAUAUUUGGGGGGAAACGAACAUCUAUCAACCCCAAGUACCUCCAGCGCAUUGAAGGGCUCAAGUUUUCUGGAGGGUUUUUGUACUUUGGCCAAGCUGUCAGUGGAGGAACAGACCUUACAGGGGAUGGCCUGAAGGAUAUUGCUGUUGGACAACAAGGAAGGGUCCUGUUAAUGAGGACAUGUCCUGUUCUACGUGUGUCGGUCUCCAUUGAGUUCUUCCCUCCUUUAAUCCCCACCUCAAACUUCCAGUGUCAGGAACAGGAAUCUCUCAAGGCUGAAGCCAGCAUGGCAAAAGUGUGCUUUACCGUUGCCAAAGCUAUUCAGGAUAAACUAGGUGAAAUCUCUAGUGACCUGUACUACACUUUGGCCCUAGACCAUGAGAGAACAAAGAUUCGAGCCACCUUCAGCUCUAAAUCAGCCCUGACUGCAAACAUUCAGAUAGGCCUUGAGAAUAAAUGCCAGAACCACCCAAUUGAGUUGCCUAUAUGCAUUGAGGAUACUCUGACGCCUAUCACCUUGCGGCUCAAUUUCAGCCUCAUAGCGAAGCCCAUCGCUAAAGCCCGCAAACUACAGCCCAUCCUGAGCAAAGACUCAGAAAAGAACCACACAGCACUGCUCCACUUUGAGAAAAACUGUGGCACGGAUGGGAAAUGUGAAGACCGUUUAGAAGCAUCAUUUAAUUUCUCAGGCCUGGACAUUGUAGUUGUAGGUCUGACUGGUGAGUUCAAUGUAACAGCUUUCAUCCAGAAUCAUGGAGAAGACUCUUACAGCACCACACUGGGCUUUUUCUACCCUGCAGGGUUAUCCUACCGCAAGGUCACUUUACCACAGCCCAGCAGGAGGGGCGUGAGUGUUAAGUGCCAUUCAGUUACCGCGUCUGAAGAAGAUGUCGGCAGGAACACCACCUGCAAUGUCAAUCACCCAAUUUUCUACAGUAGAGCAAAGGUUAUCUUCAUUGCCACAUUUGACGUCUCCCCAGAUGCUGAUCUAGGGGACACUCUGCGGAUCAUGGCCAGUGCCAACAGUGACAACGGUGGCAACAUCACCAAGGAUACAGUUCACGAAGCAGAUUUGCCUGUCAAAUAUGCUGUGUAUAUCAUUGUCACAGCCAUUGAGGAGUCAACCAAGUACAUUAACUUCACAGCUGGCCAAGAGGAUGCAAGCAAGAACGUGGAACAUCGAUAUGAGGUGAAAAAUCUCCGUCAACGAAAUGUCCCCAUCUCUGUGACAUUUCAGAUCCCUGUAAAACUGAAAGGGAUCCAGGUGUGGAAUGUGUCUCAGGUUGUCUCUUCCCAGUCUCAGUUUGCCAGGUGUGUCUUGGAGAGAGAAAGUGCUGGCACCAAAGAUUUCCCAGUGACAAAGGACCUCCCCCUUCUGGACUGUUCUGUAGCCUCCUGCAAGAUAAUCCGUUGUGACAUUUUGUCACUGAAGACACGGGAGCCGCUGGAAUUCCGGAUCAAGGGGGAUGUCGGUUUCCAGUGGGCAUCUCAGAUCCAGCAGAAGAAAGUUGCCUUGGUGAGCAUGGCACAGAUUUCCUAUGAUGAGAAAAAAUACACACAGAAGGAAGGCUUUGCACAGGCCCAGGUGCAGACCAUGGUGGAACAAAUAGAGAUGUACAACUACCUGCCUGCGAUCAUUGGCAGUGCCAUUGCGGGGCUUGUUCUUCUCGCUGUCAUUGCUGCAGUCCUCUACAAGGUUGGGUUCUUCAAGCGCCAAUAUAAGCAGAUGCUUACUGAGGCUGGGGCUGGUGACGAAGCUGCAGAUCCCACCCCACAACCCACCCCUCAAGACCUAGACACCUCUCCUCCCAGCAAAGACACUGUCUACUAAUAAGCCUCCUGUUCCUCUGCAGCUUUUCAAUACUCUGGGGAAG